AGCGUUAGCCCCGUGGGCACAGAAUGUAGUCCCUGGAUUAAAACUCCAGGAAUUAAAAGCAGUUCAUUCAGCAGCUGCGGCUCAGGAGUGCAGCGUUAGUGGGAGGCUCCAUGUCAGUGGGUGUGGGUGUGAGUGUGGGUGUGUGUAGCACCGCUUCACACACUGACAGUGUGGAGAGCUGCUCUAUGCCGGUGUGACUUCUGGGAGCACUCAGGUGCCUGGACCGAUGAGAUGAUCCUGCACCAGACCAGAACUCCUCUGCUGCUCACCGUCACCUGCAUGUGCUUCUCAGGAGGCUUGUUCUGGUCUUACCAACAAGAGGAUGCCAGUAAUGGUGAGGACUGCACAGAAAAUAACAUUUCCACCACUAAAUAUCCAUGUGUGAAGUCGACUGGAGAAAUCACAACAUGUUACAGAAAAAAAUGUUGCAUCGGCUUCAAGUUUGUGCUGGGCCAGUGUAUUCCAGAAGAUUAUGACGUGUGUGCUGGUGCACCCUGUGAGCAACAAUGUACUGACCACUUUGGUCGAGUUGUUUGUACCUGUUAUCCCGGCUACCGCUACGACCGUGAGCGCCAUCGAAGGAGGGAAAAGCCUUAUUGUCUAGACAUUGACGAGUGUGCGGACACAAACGUGACAGUGUGUUCUCACAUGUGCAUCAACUCUGUGGGGAGCUACAGGUGUGAGUGUGAGAGAGGCUUUUUCCUGGAAGAAGAUGGGAAAACAUGCACCAAGGGAGAACGAGGUUUUCAGUUCCCAGCAGCUCAUCUCUUUGAGAAAUCUGACAACGUGAUGAAUGCGGGAUCUUGCUCAGCCACCUGUGAUGAUUUCCACCAGAUUAAGGCGGCUGUCUGGCAGCUGACACAGAAGAUGGCUUUGCUGUCGAACAGGGCAGAUGUUCCUGAGCAAAUGACCAGUGAGAAAAUUCGAAGGAACCCCAUGUUUUUACCAGGACCUCCAGGGGUCCCUGGCCCUCAAGGGAAUCCAGGACCAGAGGGCCCUCCAGGACCUGGAGGUCCCUCGGGGCAACCUGGCCCUCCUGGUCCCAGAGGCUUCAUGGGGCCCCUUGGACCAACCCCUGACCUUAACCACAUCAAACGUGGUCCUCGAGGACCUGUGGGUCCACCCGGAGCACCAGGACAGAACGGCUUAAAGGGAGAAAGAGGAACUCCUGGACCUGCCGGACCACCAGGCCCUCCAGGCUCCUUCGACUUCCUGCUUCUGCUGAUGGCGGACAUCCGUAAUGACAUUGCUGACCUGCAGAGCAAAGUGUAUGGUCAACCCUUACCCUCACCGGGGGAUGAUUUUGCUGAAGUUCCAGACAGCUGGAGAGACAGCCGGGAGAGUGUGGAAACAGGGUCAGGUGAUGGCGAUAAGGAGACGCCACCAAAAAGAGGUGGAGCCUCCAAGAGGUCCAAGAAGAAGAAACCACAGCGAGAAAGAGCAAACUAUGAUGUGAAUUAGAGUGAGCUUCAAGACUGUACAGAGAUGUAAAUACAAUGGUUGUUUUUUUUUUAAUUUUUUUUUAUUUAAAUGUACUUGGGAUUAUAGAUGUUUAUUUUUGUAAAGAACUUCAACAAAACAUGUUUUUAACCAAA